AUGUUCGCCUCAACACCAUCUCUUUCCUUGGCAGUCGCGGCAUGCCUGGAUGAGGCUUGGGACGGGUUAACAGACCCUGAUAUGCAGCCGCCCAUGGUACAAGCGGCUAGGCGACAGCCCACUACUGCAUACACAUGCUUCUUUGAGCGUGCAUGGGCUGGAUGGGGACGAAGAAUGGGCUUGUUGAGGAUUCGCCGCCCCGAAGCCACAUACGACGACGUCGAGUCAACAACGGUCAAACCCCCUCUGCGUGCAGAUGAGGACGCUAGGCCCAACGUACUACUAGCGCCGCUCGGCUGUCUUGCCCCUCAAUGCCCCUCAUGUUCGCUUCCAGCUCCAUGGGUGUUUUUACACUUGGAAUCCUUGAUUGACGUUGUGGGUACUCGAGGAGCCAAUGACUGGCCUUCUCGCUCUCGCACUAGUAGAGACCGAGAGGAAACGAAAUAUAGCAGUGUGCAGAUAAAGUGCUGCGAACGGGAGAAAGCCCGCCGACUAAAAGUCGAAAACAAUAAAGUUUAUCUGAACUUCUCAUUUUGCAAGUUCGGCACGAAGUCGGAGGGCUGGCUUGGUCAUCCCGACGAGGAGGCGCGUCAGCCAUGGGGCCUUGUCACUACCUGGUGA